CUCCAGGAGGGUAUAAAAGGCCCCUGGCUGGUGCGGCAGGCACCACACCUCCUGAGCCGGUCCUCCACAGCCUGCCCAGCCUUCAAUAUGGAAGUUUCCCACGCACACAUGAAGCCAAAGACCCAGCUGGAGAAGGAGCUGCAAUGCAUCGUCGACAUCUACCACCAGUACUCCUUCCGGAACCCCAUAGACGACUACCUGCAGAAGGGUGAGUUCAAGAAGCUGCUCAAAGAACAAGCCGCCGACUUCCUGAGAAACACCAAGCCGCCCAAGAUGACCCUGGAACAGUACCUAGAGCUCCUCUUUGAGAAGGCCGACAAGAAUCAUGAUGGCCAUAUCAAAUUCACCGAGUUCCUGACCACGCUGGCAAGAAUCGCCAUUGACGCGCACGACAGCUCGCAUAAGGAUGUGCCUGGCCAUGGCCACGGUCACAGCCACGAUGGGCAUGGACAUGGGCACUCACACGACGCUUGAUGUGGCCCUGACCCAGCUGUGCUCCCUGCAGACCCCUGGCAACAGCCACUGCCAUGAAUUAGAGCCUCUCAGCUCCAAACUACAAAACUUGAUGUAACCAAACUGCCUCUGUGGACUGACCACGUAGCAAUAAACACUCCUUCCAAAGUA